CAGCAGGGUCACAACUCACCAGCGGUUAGAUUUUGAAGCUUGAGCCCCUCACAAGAUGAAAUCGAGCCUGCUCAACGUCAUCCUCGAAAAUCUCUUCAGUUGCCAGUAAAGUUCUCGAUACAGUCUCAUAUUCAGAAUGCCUGGAGAGCCAUACAUGGCUAUGAAUAUUUUAUGAGUGUACCCUAAGAAAACAGAGAAAUCGGCUUUCAAGUUCAAGGAUUGUCAUAUAACAGUUGGAGUUCCACUGGCCUAGGUGUUUUUGGAAAAAAAAACAACUUGCAAUUUGGAUGUAGGAAAGGUCAUGAGGAGACGGAGGACCCUGGAUUCUGCUGAUCAGAAUGAAACAAAUGUUGAAAGACUUUUCAAAUCUAUUGAUGGUGGUGCUUUGUGACUAUGUGCUGGGAGAAGCCGACUACCUGCUCUUGGCAGGGCCGGGCCACGUAGCUCUCAGCAACGCCACGGUGCAUCUGGGCUUCCAGUAUCUCGGCGCCGCCAACGCGACGCGGAGGAACGUGUCCGUCCUGCUGCUGGAAGCCGGCACCAACCGGACCCUCGCCACCAAGCACCUCCCGACCAGCCAGCCCCAGGGGACGCUGGACUUCGAGUGCUUCCACUUCCGGGCGGCGGGAGACUACUGGUUCGCCACGGCCCCGGGCGGGACCGGCGGCGGCGGCCCAGCCCCGACGGGGAGGGCCCUUCUGAAGGCGGAGUGGCCCGCCUUCCGCGUUGCCCUGAACAGGACCUCCAGGGCGGCAGGCGGCGCCUUCCAGGUGGGCCUUUUCACCAGCCAGGCGCUGUGCGCCUUCCCCGCGGACAAGCCUGACCUCCUGGUGGACGUCGUGCUCGCCGACAGCCGCCCCGAGGCGAGAGCGGGCCCGGGGCCGCCCCUGGAGGUCAGGGCCCGCAGGAGGACGCAGCUCUCUGCAGGGCAGUGGGUUGAGUUCGGCUGCGCGCCCGUGGGGCCAGAAGCCCGCGUCACCGUUGUGCUGAGGCUGUUCGGCCGGGACUCGGUCAUCGCCGCCAGCGGCCCCGUCGGCCUGGCCCAGAGAUUCGGCUACGAGCUGGUGCUGGCGCCCGAAGUGACGUGCGAGUCCAGCCUGGAGGUAGCGGUGCUGCCCCCGCCCUGCAUCCCGGCGCACGGGGUGGUCGCCGUCUUCAAGGAGGCCCCCGGGCGGCCCGGGGAGAGGAGCGCGAGGCUGGCUGAGCGCGGCCUGGCCGAGGGGGAGAGGACAGCCGUGUUCAGCUGCGCCCUGUUCGACGUGGGGAGGAAUAAGUACUGCUUCAGCUUCGGCGCUGCGAGUGGGAGCCAGGUUCCCCCGAAGGACACGGACUGCACGCUCAUCCAGAGAAACAUAGAGACUUGGGGACUGUGGCAGCCGUGGAGCCAGUGUAGUGCCACGUGUGGGGACGGCGUCCGAGAGCGUCGCCGCACGUGCCUGAGCCCCUUCCCCUCCAGACCUGGCUGCCCUGGGACGCCCUCGGAGGCCUCUCCGUGCUCCCUGGAGGACUGCGCCGCUCUCCGGCCGUCCAGCCCGCGCCCGCGCCCGCCGCCGCGGCCCGCCCAGUCCAGCGACGUGGUGCCGGUCGCGGGGAUCUCGCUGUGCCUGUGCGUCGUGGCGGCCACCGUGCUGCUCGCGCUGUGGCGCAGGCUGGGCCGCACCCCCGCCUGCGGAGCCCCCGCGCGGCCCGGCUCCCUGGGCGCCCCCGGCUGCCGGAAGAACUCGGACGAGGAGAACAUCUGCGAGCCGAGCGAGCGGCGCGGCAGCUCCUCGGACGCGGGCGAGGGCCCGGGGGGCGCGGGCAUCCCGCUGACCUGCCGGCGGCCCGAGGACGACGGCCCCCCGGGCGCGCAGCGCAUCGCCCCGCCGCUGUUCAGCUACCGCCUGGCGCAGCAGCAGCUCAAGGAGAUGCGGCGGCGGGGGCUCACCGAGGCCACCACGCUGUACCGCGUGUCGCGGGGCCCGCGCGCCGACACCGCCGAGGGCGCGCCCUUCCGGAGGACGGCCAGCCUCCACGAGGCCCGGCGGCCGCGGCCGUUCCGCGAGCGCAGCCUGUCCUCCCUGGGGCUGCGGGCCCGGGACGCGGCGGCGGACGGGCCGCCGGGCGCAGGCGCGGCCGCGGGGGAGCGAGCGCGGGGCGGCUCCUCGCCCCCGGGGCCCCGGGCCGGCGCCUGCCAGGCGCGCAGGGGGCGGCGGCGGAGCUUCCCCGCGCGGCCCGGGCCCGCCUUCUACGACAACUCGUCCUUCGGCCUCCCCGACGCCGGGCGGCGCGCGCCGGGGCCCCCCGAGGGGCCCCCCGAGGAGGCAGCCGCCGCCAGCGCGCUCGGCACGGAGAGGCUGGGCAUCUAGCCGCGCCGCGGGCCCGUCCACAGGGGCGACGCCGCAGUCCGACCCGCUCCCCGCACUGCAGGCGCGGCCUCCAUCGUGUAGGCAGCCCCGACGGUGGUGCGGGCCGGGGCGAGGUGACCCUGCCGGCGCCACUCAGAAGCGAGGUGAACCAAGUUACAAGCACUGAGGAAUUCGACUUCUCCCGGGGCAGGAGUGAGCAGGGUGUCCGUGCGCUGAUGAGGCCAGUUAGGACUGUUACCCCCAGAAAGUGUUGGGGGUGGGGGUACCGCCCGCAAGAUAUUCCAGGAGACCUUCCCGGCCAGAGUUGGGUGAUGGCUUAAUGUUUUUUAUACCACGAAGAAUUCUGGUGAGUUGACACAAAAUUAUGUGAGUUGAUUUUGCCUUGGAGAAAUAAUGUAAGAAACUGAUCAUUCAGGUAGUCAAAUGAAGACCUGUCCAUAUAUCCAGCAUUAUUCUGAGAAAAAAAUAAACAUUUUGGAAAGGAAAGUAUCAUCUCCUGAGAGAGAAUGGACUGUGGGUGCUGGCCAGGACGCUGCCGGCUUGGGACACUGCCUGUACUGGGCCACUCUGACCCCCACCGCCCCCGAGGGGGCCAUGCAGAAACUGGUGUAUGUUUCUAAAGCUUAUCAUGUUACUCAGAAAGUAUGUGAAUUAAUCUCAGGUACACGGAAAGCAGGUAGACUAGAUUAUGAUUUUGCAGCUUAAGCUUUUUUAAUUGGAAGAAGGAGGUAAAGAGGAAAACAGAAGUCUUUUAGAAACUUAGAAUCACUUUUGUUUUCUGAUUCCAUCCGCCUACCACAUUUUGCAACUGGGGAAUUUGAGGCCCAGGAUGGGAAUGAACUCCUACAGGGUUACAUGGACAUGGACUCAAAUUUUUAUUCUAAUUACCAGACUCUUUGCAUUCUUUUAUCACAGCUUUUACAAAUCUUCUCUAACAGCAAAAACUUCAGGAGAAAGAUGGCCCUUCUUGCAAUAAUAGGUCAGACAGAGACAGAUACUUUCACCAAAGGAAGGAAGUUUUUUGUUGCCUGGUUAGGGCCGGCCUUGCAGCUUGCUUUGUUUGGAAGCGGGGGCUAAACAAAGAACCUGAAGGCGGGGCUCCUUCACCGGAGGCUGUCAUCAGGUGCCCUGUGGGCACUCUGCAGUCUGUGCUUCCUUCCAGCCCUUGAACCCAAGGCCUUAUCUGCAUACACUUCAGAAGCUGCGCUUUCCUUCUUGCUGGUUGUGACCUCCCGAGCUGCCGCACCCACCCUGCCUGUCAGACCGUUUUCCUUCUUCCUUUUAGAGUUUAUCAGGAUGUCAGUCUGCUGGCGUGAUUUCAGGGACCGUUGGAGAGAGAGGAAUUAGAUGGGACCCAAAAAAAAAGUCACAAAUGCAAAUACUGUACUUUUAAAAGUUCCUCUUCUAUUUAUUGCAUUGCCACUUCAUUUAUGCUGUUAUUAUUGAAAAUUAAAACAUACUUCCUUUCAGGAAUAGGAGAAAUCGGUUUUCCAGUGGUAUCUGACAGCUGGUGUGUGCAGAUGCAAAGAAGAGAAACCAGACUAUUUCAUCUCCAUUUUCUUAGUUUAUUAUACUAGACAGCUUUGUACCCUUCACAAGGUCACAGGCUUGCGUACCAACCUUGGAGGACAAAGGACACACGCUCAGCUGCUCCCUGCUUCACAGUGAAUUUCCCGUGCAGUGUCAGAUCGAGACCAAACGGCCACAGGGAAGGUGAAAGUCAGAGAAAAAGCUGUGAAGAGAGGACGGAAGACAGUGAUGCUCUGUAUACGAACCGGCCGUCUCCACGCUGCUCCUCAGCUGCGGUGCCGAGAACCCCCGCCACCUAGGUGUCCAGCCACAGGCAGCGCCAAAGCCGGCCAACAUCUGACCAGAGGGACUUUAUCUAAGACACCAAAGUAUCUGAGAAAACCUGGGCAGGUGGAGGUGUCGUUCACCCCGGCAGGAAGCCAUCUGCAUCCCAGCAUUUGAGAGGCCUCAGCGCAGUGCUUGGGUCUUGGAAUAUUCACCCUAAAUUGAAGCCUGCCAGUCAGCAAGCCCCACACAUGUGCUUAGAGUUCCUAUUCAGCCUUUUUCCUCUUUCAUUCUUGAGAAUUGCCUGACAACUGAGAAUCACCAAACAUUUGAGAAAAGCCUACAGUAUCAUGAAGAAAAACAGAAAAAGUAACCCCAGGGGAAACGUAUAAUUCAGGGAACACAAAAAGAGUCAAAUAAAAACCCUACAAAAUUAAGUAUUUAUCACUAGAGAGAUGCAAAAUGAUAUUACAUCUGUUAAACAAGAACAUGAUGCUAUAAAAAGGGGGAGUCAGAAAACGGGACAGAACCCUCGGAAAUGAGAUAUUCAAUAGAAGAUUUUAAGAUAAAGCAGAGGAAAUAUCCCCAAAACUGGAGCAAAAGUAUGUAAGAUAUGAGAAUAUAAAACACAAAACACACAACCCAGAGGCAGUGCAAACAGAACCUAGUAAGAAUUCCAGAAAGAACAGAGAAAUGGAGGGGAGAAAGAUACUAAAGUGAUAAAACAAUGAGAAUUUCUAUGACUAAAAUGUGAGCUUUUGAUUAAAAAGAGCCUCCUGAGUUUGAUCAGAGCGAAUGGAAAAGGCCCUGCACGUUUGGAAGUUUUGGAAUACGUUAUGCAGAGAAGAUCCUAACAGCUUUCCCAGGGUGGGGAAAUACCAAUCCCUGUAAGAAACAAGAAUCAUAUUGGCAUUGGUUUUCUCAGCUGCACUAGAGACAGUUGCACAAUAGCUUCAAAAUUCUGGGGGAAAUUGAUUUUCAACUUGGGAAAACUCUGCGCACUCAAAUUACUUGUGAGGGCAAAACAAGGCUGUCAGACACGCAAAGACUCAGAAAUCUUAACUUGCCAUCCACCUUUGCUCAGGGAAUUAUCUGGGCGUGAGCACCUUCAGUAAAACAACGAAGGAAGACGUGCUAUUCAGGAAACAGCGGAUGUGACCGAGAAUAUCAGCUAUGUGCCGUUGCAUAUUUAAGCAAGAAUAGGGCUUCUGGAAGGAAAGGAAUUUCAAAGAACAUAGAAUUGGAAGAACUUGAAGACACAUAAUGGGCAUGAAAUUCGUGAAAAGAAGAAAAGCAACUAGAAAUUAAAAAAGAAAGCCCCAAUAAAAAUAUGAACCAGGUUAGACUAGGAUGUCAAAUGGGCUUCAAACAGAAAAAAGUAAGGAUUCCGAGCAACAGAUAGAAUGAGCAAGAUGGCACAGGCUUCCUCUUUGAACAAGAAAAGAAAACAGUAGGAAAAAAGAAUACCUAACCAUGGUUUUGAGCAAGUGAGCAGCAUCGGGUUGUGACACAUCACAGAGAAGGAAGCAGUCCUUGGCUUUGAUGUGAAGGUAAGUUUUCAUAAACAUAAUUGCUUAAUGCUGUUCAUUGGCUACUGCCUGUUAGAGUCCAGCCGACUCUAACCUGAGCACAAACUGCGGAAGGCUUCAUUGUGGCUACAGAUGGAAUGUGAAUGUCCUGUUACAGAAACCGAGGAGAGCACAGCUUUAUGAGAAGCUGAGGUGGAAGCAGAGAUGGGGAGCCUAGGGGAAACAGGGGCGCAGAUAUUCUCCUCUCACAAACAGAGAUCCAAGGGACGUGGUCUCCAUCUGAGAGCCUGGAAACAAGCGCGAGGAGAUGGAAGCUGCAGACGUGAGCAACCGAACUGGCUUGUGGAGUGUCUGUUGUGUGUGCCUGGGCGAUGCCCGGUAAGCCGGGUCUGUCUGUCGUUGCAAGAGUCAGUAAGUGGUGUCUUCAAUAGCACUCGGUCAUGUGUGCGGUUGGACAGCAUCAGCAGGUCGAAAAGUCAGGAAGCCAGAACUGCCCUUGCAAAGUGGGACCGAGGCCGGGAAGUAAAAACCAAAGAACUACUGCUUUUCGUCAUGGGUCCUCCUGUACUGUUUGCCCACCCUGCUUUUCCAUCUCUGAUGAGACCGAACCAAACAGCAAUCCCACCUAACAGGGUGAUGGUGAGGGUCUGGGUGACUACCACUCAUGCCUGGAAAUGUAAUCAGUGAGCCAUCUUGUGGCCGUUAGCGGAGCAUUUGUGCUGGUGUUGACUGGACGUCCAACCUCCCUUUCCGUGUUUUCGUUCCUCCCUGGGGACCCUGGAUGGCUCAUGUCCCCAGCUGCCUUGUCAUGCCUGCUGUUUCCCCUGGCAUCUGGCUGUGAGAAUGUUUCUAUUCACUGCCCACCUCUUCUCCGGAUGCCACCCCCACUGCUGUUGGGUGACCCUGACCCUGGAGUUAUUACUAUUAUUUCUCCCUGAACUGAAGUCAAAAUGCACAAGCUGUGUUCUGUUGUUAUUAACUGAUAUAAAUUUAUUUUAUAAGUUAUGUGCAUGUACUUAAAACCUUAAUAUUUAGCUCAUAAUCACAUAAUUUACUCAAGUAAAAAUAUAGGUCAUACAAAACCUUGUGUCAGUUUUUGCUGCUUCUGAGCUUUGCACUGUAGAACUGCUUUAAAAAUAACCUUUCUUUAAAAAUAAACUAUAUAUGCUCAUUAUAGAACAUUUGAAAAAUAGACAUAUUCUGUGUUUCUCUUCAUCAGCUUGGGGUACAAAAAGAAAUCCCGAUUUGUUAAAAUUAGAUGACUCUGAGCCCUCAUUAUCACUUCUAAACCGAAGAAUCUCCUCUCUGAGUCCUUUGGCCUGAAAUACCUCCCCCACCCACCCCCGGAUGCUUACGCCGCCUCUUCCUGAAGUGUCGCUCCGGGUCAGAAAUCUGGAAGUCAUUCCAAGUUCUUCCUUCUCUUCAGAUCUACUCAACACUAAGUCCCUGGAGAAAUUAGGUACCCCGCCCAGGUCAUACAGCAUCUUGUGGGUGGGCUUUAGAGGCCAAAGCCAUGUCAUGUUCAGCGAGUUUGUUCUAAAGCACACCUUUGUUAUGCAGGGUCACGCUUACAGGGUCAGCACCCCAUGGACAGUACUGAUAGAAUGAAGCUGUCCGCAGGCCCUUCCCCUCCCCAAGCACCUUCUCUCAGCAUCAUUCUUGUCGUUCAGCCACCAAGUGGCAAACACAGGAUUCACUUCCUCUGUGAGUUUUUAUGUCAAACUGUUAUGUCUUAUUUUGUUUUUUCAAAAUUGUAUUAAUAAAAUGUUGAAACCAGGAGAGUUGAAAGAAUAGUACAAUCAUGAUAUAUAUCCACAAUGAGACUUCUAACGACUGUUAACAUCUGCUAAGCUUGUUUUGUCUGUUAAGUUGAACUGUAUGAAGUUUUAAUAGAAAGUGGUUGAAUAGAAACAA